CGCAUUCCCGGCUCCCGGGCUGCCCCGGCCGCCGAGGGAGCGAUGGAAAAUCCCUGAGCCAGCGCUGGAAAAUCCGUGCGGCAAAGGUGGGGAUUCUCGGCCACCGCAUGAGCAGGUCCUGGCCGGGCCAUGGCCUGGCCACCAGGGCUGCUCCUGCUCCUGCUGCUGCUGCUGCUGCUGCUGCUGCUGCCCGGCCGCGCUCCGGCCGCGCGGAGCCGCGACUUCACCGCCAAGGACAUCGUCUACCUCCACCCCUCCACCACGCCGUAUCCUCGUGGGUUUAAGUGUUUCACCUGUGAAAAGGCCUCGGAUAAUUACGAGUGCAACCGCUGGGCUCCAGAUGUUUACUGCCCCAGAGGGACAAGGUACUGCUUCAGCCAGCACAUGAUGAAGGCCAGUGGGGAGAGUGUCUCUGUCACCAAACGCUGUGUGGCCCUCGAGGAGUGUCUGAGCACGGGCUGCACCUACAUCAAACACGAGGAGUACAAGGUGUGCACGUCCUGCUGCGAGGGCUCUAUCUGUAACCUGCCGCUGCCGCGGAACGCCUCCGACGCCGUGUUCUCCACCUUGUCACCGCUCAGCGCCACCGCGACACUGUCCCCUGCCCUGGGGACACCGCUGGGACUCGGCCUGGCGCUGCUGGCACAGCGCUGGCUCAUCGCGACAGCCACAGCGACGGGACAGUGACAGCGACAGCGACAGCGACAG